AGUGCAGCAUAAAACGGCGCCAGUCGCGAGAGUCACAUCGGCCAUAUGGCGGCAAACCGCUCUCUUCUAAUUCUGUUCAAAAGCCCUAACACACGCGUCGAAUCCUCUCGAAGUUCGUCGUCGGUAAUAGUUUCUAGAACAUACGCCAUCGGAUGUUCAAAGAUAAAGAACCGCAUUGCGUGCGAGAUCAAGAAUUUCGAGAAUCCUUAUCCGUGGACUAUCGAAAGCGUUCCUGGUACUGAUCCUUUUUCCUCAAUUCAAAAUUCUGCUUCUACUUCGUCCUCCGUACCAAUGGCUGCUGCCUCAGUCGCCGCCGCCGGUCUGGAAUUGUCUUCUAAAAGCGACGCCAAGAAGAUCUGCCUAUUUUUCUGCGCGGAGACGAAGAUUCUCGCGGAGAAAAUCGCCGCUGAGUCCGAUGGAAUUGAGCUACGUAAUAUCUCAUGGAGGAAGUUUGAGGAUGGAUUUCCGAACAUAUUUAUACCUAAUGCACAAGGAAUUCGUGGACAGCAUGUGGCUUUUCUUGCAUCCUUCAGUUCACCAGCUGUAAUCUUUGAGCAACUCUCCGUUAUUUAUGCUCUGCCGAAACUGUUCAUCUCUUCAUUUACGCUUGUUCUUCCCUUCUUUCCUACUGGAACUUUUGAGCGCAUGGAGGAUGAAGGAGAUGUUGCAACUGCUUUUACUCUAGCGCGGAUCCUAUCGAAUAUACCUAUUUCAAGAGGAGGACCAACGAGCCUUGUGACUUUUGACAUUCAUGCCUUGCAGGAGAGGUUUUACUUUGGAGACAAUAUUUUACCUUGCUUUGAAAGUGGAAUUCCUUUGCUAAAAAAUAGAUUGCAGCAGUUGCCAGAUUCUGACAAUGUGGCAAUUGCUUUUCCUGAUGAUGGAGCAUGGAAAAGAUUUCAUAAUCAGCUGCAGCAUUUUCCUACGAUUGUAUGUGCCAAAGUUCGGGAAGGAGAACAACGAAUUGUGCGCCUAAAGGAGGGAGAUCCAAAAGGACGGCAUGUUGUGAUUGUUGAUGAUUUGGUUCAAUCAGGUGGAACUCUAAUAGAGUGUCAGAAAGUGUUGGCUGCACAUGGAGCAGCAAAAAUCAGUGCUUACGUAACACACGGGAUUUUUCCAAAUAGAUCGUGGCAACGCUUUAAACAUGAUAAUGGAGGGCAUCCUGAGAACGGGCUGAACUACUUCUGGAUUACUGAUUCGUGCCCAUUGACUGUUAAAGAAGUGGCGAAUAAAGCUCCUUUUGAAGUUCUUAGCCUUGCGGGUUCUAUAGCUGCAGCGCUUCGUAUAUAGCCAGAUCAUCU